AUGGGUUCUAUGAGGUUAGAUCUGAGCAAAAAAAAUCACCUAGAAAAGAUCGAUCACUUCGAUAGGCUGCCUGAUUCUCUUCUACUCUUGAUCUUCAACAAUAUUGGUGAUAUCAAGGCGUUGGGUCGAUGCUGCGUCGUUUCUAGGCGCUUCCACUCCCUUGUUCCCUUGGUCGACAGCGUCGUCGUUCGCUUUGAUUGCGUAAUUUCCGAUGAUUGUUCUUCUUCCGCUGCCACUGCCGCAGCCGCUCCAGGCAGGUCCCGCCAUCCCGUGUCCUCGUUUUUCCAGGACUUGUUUUCGGGCCUGUUCAAACCAUUCCAGCCCCUCACCCAGCUUGUUACUACAUCUCGUCCACGUUCUUCCAAUGCUGGAGGUUUGGACCAUGGUUUUGAUCAGAAUAGCCUGCUGAACCACCAUUCCCCUACUCAAAUCUUGAAAUUUUUUAAGGAAAUCAGGUGCCUCAGAAUAGAAUUAUCUAAUGGGGAGCUUGGGAUUGACAACGGUGUUUUGAUUAAGUGGAAGGCAGAAUUUGGGUCAACGCUAGAUAAUUGUGUCAUUCUUGGAGCUUCUUCUGUCAUUCCGGCUGCAAACAGUGCGUGUUCCAGUGCUGGCAAUGUUAAUAAUGAUAAUGCAGCUGAGAACGAUGAUGGGAGCAUACCCGAAUCAUUUUACACGAAUGGAGGAUUGAAAUUACGUAUUGUGUGGACAAUAAGCUCUUUGAUUUCAGCCUCAGCAAGACAUUACCUGCUGCAGCCAAUAAUAGCAGAGCACAAGAAGUUGGACAAUUUGGUUUUGACUGAUGCCGAUGGGCAGGGGGUGUUGUCGAUGAAUAAGGAGCAAUUGGAGGAGCUGAGGGUGAAGCCUUUGUCAGCCUCCUCCGCUUCUAAGAGGACUUUGGUUCCAUCUCUCAAGAUGCGGCUGUGGUACGCCUCUCUUCUGGAAUUACCCAAUGGGAUGGUCUUGAAAGGGGCGACAUUGGUUGCAAUCAGGCCCAGUGAACAGCCAAAGGAGGUGAUGGGUUCAGAAGGAAAAUGGGUUGCCUCAAAACUUGAGGAGCCGUUCGGGACCGCAGCGAGGAUGUUGAUGAAAAGGAGGACUUAUUGUCUGGAAAUGAACUCAUUCUAA